ACCCAGCCGCUGAAGCUGUAUUUGAUUCAUUGGAGAGGGUGGGCUCAAUAACAUUAACCCGGGGCAUAUUUUACACCGCAAACAUUAAAAACAAGGAGGCAGAUAAACAACCUUCAUUCAGCAAGUUUGAAUUAAGAAGACUUUCAACUGGACUGCAGACGACUGAGAAUUGUAGAACGAUGGCUACUCAUAAGCGGAUCCUGAGCGCACUGGCGAACGGCCCUGCCCGGCGAAACCUGUUCGGCCCAGUCGACCGAGAGCAGCUGCAGGCGGAGUACCAGGCCGCCCUGCGAAAAGACCUGGACGAGGCUUGCCAGCGAUGGGGCUUCGACUUCUUCUCGGACAAGCCUCUAGAGAGAAGUGAUUUCCAGUGGGAGGGCAUCCCAGGCACCAAGGUCCCGCUGCUGUACCGAUCCUGCAUGCUCAGUGUGGGACACGCAGGAGGCCAGAGGGCGGCUGAGGCCACAGUGAAGCCCAAAGGAGGAAGGGCGUCGUCGAUACAGAGUGAGAAGGAGAACAUCCCAACAUCGCGUCAGAGGUGUGCACUCAACGUGGAGAACUUGGAGAAAACGCCAGAAAAAAGAGAGAGCACGGGGCUGAAGAGGAAGCAGACAAACAUUACAGAUUUCUACCAGGCGAAAAGAAGAGUAGUUGGGAUGCCGCGCAAAUCCGGCGAGUAAUUUUCGGUGCAGCUUUCUGCAAAAGGUGCCAAUAUCCCCAGAGAUCCACACAAACAGUGCAACACUCAGGAAAUCUCCAGUCUGCACAGACUCUGCUGCACAGUCACUCAGUGAUUCAUCUGACAACAGAAGGGACCUCAGCUACACGAUAACAUAUCACUAUCAGGUUAAUUAGGGUACUGUAUUUACUCUGAGGGGGGUUGGUGUUUUUCCCAGUGGUGAGAAGGGGACAUUUGAGCAGAGAAGAUUAACGGUAAUCUCUGGAAUCAGUGGAUUUAUACUCAUUUGGAUCACGGGGAUGCCAAAGUGUUGACUGACAUUUCCUACUGUACAUUCCACCGGCUGAAAACGUCUGCUCUGUAGAGAGUGGACAUAUGAUGGAUGAACGUAAUACUGUAUACACUUGAAACAGAUGUCAUGUCGGUUAUAAUCAUCAAGAAGUGUCUGUGGCAAAUCUGCAGAAUGAUCAAAAAUGGGUGAAGCCCUUUUGGCUCCUUGUUUAAAAUCCACUAGUUUUUUUUUACAAUGUUUUUUCAUGUAAAUCAUGAGGGCUAGGAGUCGUUUUUUUGUGUAUUAUACUUAAUAUAUCAGGACGUACUGUCUGUUUUUUUUCUACCAUCAUGUACUCAAAGGAAUAUGCUUGAAGAGUUUUGAUAUCCUGCACGUGCAGUCGCUUUGCUUUAGAUUUAAAAUGACAGAAGUGCCAUCAUGUCCUCUUCAGUUCCUUCCAUCUGUUGUAUGUCGACAGAUUUUCAAAGCAGAUCUCCACAAGUGCCCUGUCCGGACUCUGACUUGUGUACAGCACCUGAUAUUGUAGGUUAGGAGUGCAGCACCAUGUCCUUGAAACACUUAAAAACACUUAUAUUUAGGUUUAUUUAGAUAUAUAUCAGAGAUUUAUCUAUGUAGUUAAAUACAGCACUGUUAAGUAGCACAAUUAAAAAAAAACAUUGCAGUAUUGCACAUACAUCUGAUCGGUGCUGUAUCCAAAGCACCCUGUAUCAAGUGCCUUUAUGGUAUUUGACUCGGUAUUUGAAGCUCCAUUUAGGACAAUCAGAAGACAGUGUUCUCAAAUGUGUUAUUGACUAAGCUAAGGCUAAAGUGCUAUUUUCUUUUCCAUUUGGACGCAAUGUGCAAUUGUAACAAUGUGUCAUUAUCUGCCUCAAAACAAAUGUUUGUUCUUGACACUUAGUCAUGCCUAUGUUGGCAAAUCCUGCUGCUAUGGUUAAUCUGAAUGGGUGUCAAACAAGGUCACUGUAAUGCUAAUCCUUACCAACUGACAGCUUAGAAAUGUUCACUGUCGCCGCUGCAAAUACAAAGCUAAGCAAAUCACAGCAUUGCCCCAAACAUUGAAUGCACUUCUGUUUGUAGAUGCUUGUGCACAGGUCCUAAAUAUUGUGUUAUGUUAAAAGCUACAAAUGAAAAAGAUCUAUCCUUAUUUAUUGCGAGAAACUAUGCUUUGUGUUAAUUUAGGGUUUUUUUGUAAUUAUUGUGAGAAUUACAAAUUCCAAUAAAAUGUUAAAA